AUGAGCGGAAAUAUUUUCGCUGGGACGCCAUUUUUAACCGUGAUGCUUUUACUAACGUGGGCUUUGAGAUCUUCUAGUGCCCCGGUGAAACAAACACGGCAAACGGUAAGAAAUGAUAAGAACGUGUAUUUAUUAAACACACUGUUAGAAAACAAGAUAGUUCAAGAACUUCUUUCGAUUGCCUUUAAUCAAAAGUAGCGAGUUAAGCUGCCUGGUGGGUGCAUGUCUUAUUAGAAUCGAACAAGAUGUCUUUCAUUACAGGCACCUUGACAAGUCUUCAUCGCCUUUAACCGAAAUAACUUCUUACUCCCCCGGCGGGAGCGGGGGGGAGAGACACGCAAGGAAAGUUAAGGAGUUGUGCUGCCGAAGCCUUCAAACCCUGAUGCUGCUGAAGACAAAAUUGCUGUUUUCGCUGCUCUGUUAAAGACCUUAAUUAUUUGAUGAUCCUGAUUCGUUUCGUUUUGUAUAUUUAUUUAUUUUAAUUUUUUUUGCCAUGACAAAAUAAAUUACGUACAGCAAGUAGAAUUAAAAGCAUAACUAAAUAGGUAAAUAACAUAAAAUUAAAGUUAUACAGCUGGGAAGGAGUGACUGUGGCGGGGAAAUCUCCAAGAAGCCAUCGAGCUUAUGAGGACUAGCGAUUUCCCUCCAUCGGCAAUUUAAAUAGUGGCUUUUUAAAAAUAUAAGGAAAAAAGACGUGUGUUUUAACAAUAUAAGUAUGUAUACUGAAAAAAUAUUGAUAUGUAGGUAAUCAGAUAUUUAAAAGCUGCAUCCUGUCUGACCCUUAACAGUCAGUCUUUGAUGUUGUUCGGUAAAGAAUUACCUAUUCUAGAACCUUGAAAGAGGAUGGAAAAUUUCUUAAUAUUUGUUCUACAAGUAUGAGGUCGGUUAAAGUCAGAGUAUCUGGUUGAAUAUUGAUGAAUCUGAUUUCCACGUUUUGAGUCAGAGGAGGUCUUUGAACGUGUUGCGGCCAUGAUUAUGCAAACUAUAUGUUAUACAGAGUUAUGUAAUUUUCGAAUGAAGUUCAUGGAAUAAAAUUUUUGGUAUCAGAAAUGUAGACCACUUAUCGCCAGCCUUCACACUCUUUUAAAGGCUUUUGGUCCAAAAAGAUACACUGUUCAAGAUGCAGAAUAGUAAAAUUGUACCUGUUUAAGACUAGAAAGCCAUACUCUGCUCAGCGGCACAUAACCGUGUCAUUUUAGGCCAAAUAAGGGUGUGUCCCAUGGGGUUCCCGAUUUUAGAUUAAAAUUCACUUAUAAGUGUAAGGUACAUCCGAAUGUAAAAAUAGACCUAUUUUAUCUAAAGUAGAGGCCAGGGUGUUUAGUUGAAUGUAGAGGUAAUUUCACGAUUAUUUGACCACCUCGAGGAAGAGAUGAUGUCCCCUAGGGGUGAUCAUUUGUUGGUUAUACCACUAUGAAUAUGGGGUGUCUCAAUGGUCUUAAAGUGGAGUUUGGAAUCAAAGCCUGUGCUUGACAAGACCGCGGGUCCUAGUCAAUUUCAUAGGAAAUGUCUGCGUGAGAGGCUGGUGAUGGCCAAUCAUACAAAGGCUGUUUUUUUGUGAGCAGUGUCGCGUAGUCAUACAAGCUAAAGGAGAAAAAUAUUUAAAGCUUGAAACAAUUCUUGAGGUCCUCUAAUAAUGAAACCUUGGUGUAUGUAAACUUCGUUCAAAUUCAAUAACUCGCUAAAAUGGUCAAGUAUUUGAAGGUCUUUGAACGUUUCAAAUCUAAUUGGGAGAGGAGGCGCCCUUCGCCAUUGAAAGGCAUGAUGGUUGGGCUAUUUUCAAUGUACAUUUGCCUUGAAGGUAACUGUGUGUUAUUCCACAAAUGGAGUCGAGUGAUAUGGAGCGUUAAUGACCUGUAGUAAGGUAGUUUCUUGCUUUUUUUCGCAUAUAUAAAAGUGCGGGGCCGGGAAGAGGUGGGGAAGAAAACAAAAGAGUCGACGAGUUGUCCCCGAGUCAAAACCAAAGAGAGCUUACGAACAGGCUUCUACUGUUCGCAGAAUAAGAUACCCACAGGUUAUUGCUGACGCUUCUAUGCCGUGUUUCAACUCCGGUGGUAGGUCGACUGAUGCAUUACUUCGUUAUUGUCUGUUAACUUCUCAUCUGUUUGUUUUUUUUUUCGCUGUUUUUGUUGUCGUUUCAUUUUUUUUAGUUGGUGGUAGAGCGGAAAGUAACAAAUUGAUUGAGCAUAUAUAAUUUGAAGCAACGAACCUCUGGGACAAGUUUAAAAUAACGUGGUUGAAAUGUUUGUAGAUGAAUAAACAUAUCUACUAUAAGAAAGAAAUAUCAGGCAGUUGGAGUAUAUUUAACUGAUCAAAAUGUGGCGGAGCAUGAGCUACCUUUGAAGGUCUGAAGAUCCGGAAUAUGUGUUUUCCAUCAGACACUGUACAUAGGGAUUUUUAAAGAAUUCCCACACUUGCGGUUCAGCGUUGGAGGGUAGACUUGCUAGUCUUUUUGACCGACAUUUCUUCUUUAGUAUUCUAUAGACUCCCCCUCCCCUCAAACAAAAUCGGCGAGAGUGAUCUUUUGUAGUGGAGGGGGCGUCUGCACACAGGCCUUCAGUUUUUAUAUCCUUACGACAACUUUGUUAGUUAACUAUAAAAUGCGCAGCCCAAGCCUUGCAAGCAGUGUUACCCUAUAAAGCUAACAAUUGCUUUUUUCUUUUUUCAUUGUAGGCGGAAUUUUUAUUGAAAUUUGGCUAUAUUCAACUAAAUGAUACAGACAACAGUAGAGAGGUACCAGAUGUGAACUCGCCCCAAUUUAAGGCUUCCUUAAGAAGCCUUCAGAGGUUUGGAAAUAUUCCCGUGACAGGAAGUAUGGACGCAGCAACUAUCGCCCUUAUUAACACUGACCGAUGCGGCGUCAAAGAUCCACAGAGUAAUGCUGCUAUUGGAAGGUUUAAUUUACAAGGAACUAAAUGGAAGAAGAGGGUAAGUUAUGAAGGAUAUUCAUUAUUAGUAAAAUCCAACUAGUGCCGGGUCUAUUAUCUAUGCUGCGUUCUGAUUGGUUGAGCUACUACUAGGCUAUAUGUUAUAGCCCCCUAGUAGCGAAAAGCGCGGGCUUUUUGGCGGCAGAAAAGGAUAAAGUCUAGCUUUUGCUAAAUUUUUUUUAUUCUCGAUAUUUUUGACCAACUAGCAUUGUGCGUCCUUACUGCGCCGCGCAUACCAUAAACUCACAUAAGCCCCCCAGGUGUAGACCUAUCUUCCUCUAAACGAACAAAAUACGUCCGAUUAUAAUCCCCCUCCCCCGAAUAUAAGCCCCUCUCUGUCUUGUAGUGAAAUUAAUUUGAUUUAUGACGUUUUGAACCAGUAAAUGCAAAACGUAUUUGGAUCUGCACUGCCAUAACUUGUUUUUUCAUCCUGUAUGGAAGGAGGGAGACUACUCUGAUCAGUUAGUGUCACAGGUUUUAGAUUAGACUAAACAAAUGACAUGUCUUGCAAUCCAACCUAUUAAAGCUAUCAAAUCCCUACAUACCCUUAGAACGCUGCGCAGAGAGGACUACGGUCAGUCAGAAAUAGACCUUCUCUUCAAAAAAAUAGUUCUUACCUAAUAUAAUAGAGGCAAGAUCAAAAAAUUUUUCGAAAAGUUUCAAACUCUAUAGGACAUCGACUCUCAUCUAUAAUAACUCGCGUCAAACCGUCUAGCUACCAUCUUAGGAAAGAAACUUGUUAUAAACGUAAGAUUAAUACAAUGCGUUUCAAAAGCGCUCGUUUAUUAACCAUUUAGUUUUUAAAUACGAAUUAGCUUUGUACUACACUAUAUUUUAAUUCUUACUUUCUACCUUUCUAAACUUUUUACUAUAUCUAAAAUUUCUUAAUUAAAUACACUUGUAACACUGAAAAGAUAUGCAUUUUUAUCUUUUGAAGAAUAAAGAGUUAUUAUCAUUAUCAUUAUUAUUAUUAUUAUUAUUAUUAUUAUUAUUAUUAUUAUAUUAUCAUCACGAUGUUGGUAUCAGUCGGUUUUUUGUUAAAAAAAAAAAAACCUUUAUAUGGAGAGGGUUGUAGACUGGAAAGUUUGAUAGGAAGAGUUAGUGGAACUUUUAUUAAAUGGCUUAUCGCCUUGUUGUCAAUUGCUGUAUUUCACUUCUUCGUUGCAGCUUUUAACCUACCGCAUCCUCAACUUCACCAAAGAUGGAAUACCAGACUCCGUUCAACGAAGAAUCUUCUAUAAAUCAUUCCAGUUGUGGCAAUCCGCUGCUGGGAUAGAUAUAAGAGAAUGCGAUGAAUGCCGCGAGGCAGACAUCCUUAUCAGUUUUGUUCAAAGACGACAUGUUGACCGCUAUCCGUUUGACGGCCAAGGUGGAACAUUAGCGCAUGCGUUCUACCCUCUAUCCAACAGAGGUAACAAUCAUUCUCGUCUCAUGAGCCCGUCGUUUCUUUUUGUCACGGGGUCUUGAAACGAGGGGCUCUGGAAGCAGCCGUUACCGGAUGUCAGAAAAUUUCUGACAUCCGGUCGCGCAUGUGCAGAAGUUACAAAUGACACUGCCCAUGUUCCAUUAUCGUCCCCAGAGCCGGUCGUUUCUUAGACAAAUUAAGCCGAAUGGCUCAGAGACGAAAAUGAGGUAAGAAUCAGCUCAAGCUCGUUGCCAGGGUCAUUUCAUACUCAUCCCCAUCGUCGGUGACAAUUUUCACGCGCGUUCGAAAAAUUUUUUGCUCGCUGAACUCUCAAGGACGUAAACGAGGGACUACUUGUUAUCUUUCAACUACUAUAUAGAUAUUCCCCGUUUAACAAUUGAUUAAUUAAUUAAUCUUCUUACUCAUUUUGUGUUUUCAUUACUAUUACAUUCGUAUGAGAGACAUUACUGACUAACUCGAGAUUCGAGAACAAAAUAGAUCAGUCUCCGCCUCCCGGCCGUUUCGCUCAUAAACUGAGUUUGGAUAUAUUCUUGCAAUACAGAUGGGCUUUAACUCAAAUAAUAUUUUUGUUAUAACUAACUAGCGCUAACCGGAACUGACCAGCCAGACUAUUCACUCCCUUAUAAGAAUUUCACUUCUUAUAAAAACUACCGAGUCAAUCAGUCUUAAAUAUAUGCACGAAGGAGAUGGUUUUUCAGCAGGAACUCUUGUUAAAAUCCUGAGAUUUGAUUUUCAAAAUAACUGGUCCGGUCAUGGUUUAGCCGGCCGGUCAAUCUGACCUUUGGAAAGUGCCCUUAAUUAAACUACUCCCAUUUUCGAUCAGGUCUCUCGGGGGAUGCACAUUUUGAUGAUGACGAGCGAUUCACUACCGGGACAAGCGACGGUGUCAAUUUGGACUGGGUUGCGGUUCAUGAGUUCGGACACAGCCUGGGUCUGGAACAUUCCAACGUACGGGAAUCUAUCAUGUACCCUUGGUACAAGGGAUACCAGGGCCCUAAUAUUGAACUGACCCAAGAUGACGUCCAGGGUAUUAGGGCAUUAUACGGUCCGAGUAAGCGUCUCUGUUUGUUUGUUUGGUUUUUCUUUGUUUUUCAUGAAAGAUUUACGUCAAAAAACUAUUCUAGUCAAUGCUAAUCUCGUUUCCUUGCUUUGUAUUAAAAAACUAAGGCCCUGUCCACACUUUGAAUGCGUUUUCGUUGUCAUCGAAAAGCGCAUCGAUCGAUUCGAGUCCACAUUUUCGUUUUGAUCCUUUUUCGACUGUCCACAAUAAAUCGUUCGACGUAAGUUAAACUCUAUGCGCAUGCUACAAACACACGCGCCCGCGAUAUUUUUGGUCAUCGUUUUCAUUUUGCUGCGAUUUCGACCGUUUUCGACCAUCCACACUAAUACGAUAUGUAUGCGUUUAAAUUUUGAUCCACUUUCAAGAGCGAUUUCAAAUCGCUGCGUUUUCGAUGAAAACACUCAGCGUAUUAGUGUGGACAGAAGGCCUAAACGUAUUGAAAUGUAUGCGUCAUUCAAACGAAAAUGCAUUAAGUGUGGACGAGGCCUAAAACUCUUCAUUUUUAAGGUCAUUUAAAAUAGGGAAAUAAAAUAGAUGCGGUAAUAAGUGUUUUAAUUUUUUUUUUUUCUAAACCAUUUGAAAGCUAACAAGCCUUUAUUUUUUUAGAACCAACUGUUCGUCUACUGACAGCACCAACAGCAAAGACAACGCCUAAAGCGGAAACCACGAGACGCCCUCUGCGAGUAACUACGCCAUCUACCUCACGCCCGCGGGUUACUACGCCUUCUACCCGACGCCCGCGGGUCUCCACUCCUACUCCUCGUCCUCUCUGUAACAGUUCCAUUCGUUAUGAUACAGUUUUUGUCGGCCCCGAUAGAUGGACCUACUUCUUAGUGGGGGAUAAAUUCUGGAUGGUCUCCAAAAGACUUCGCAGGGAUGGUCCUUGGCUUAUUAAGCAGGUUUGGAAGGAAAUAGAGACUCCAGUUGAUGCUGCCUAUCUCAACAGUCAAAAUCACGUCGUGUUCUUCAAAGGAUCAAUGUAAGACAUUGCACUCCUUAUGACUGAUCGCCCAGGGUUAACAGUUAAUUUUGUUUUCCCCGAGGAAAUUCUUAUCAAUGAUAUCGGGAAAGACACGUUGGAGGGCUUUCAAACUUAUCUGGUUUCCCGAGGAACUAUUGUAGUGGUUAAGUGAUUUGUUAUUAAGCAUUCAUUGAUUUUUGCAAAUUUAAACGUAGCUUUGCACUUGAUCGCUGUUUAAGGCUGUAUUCACACUAAAACCGAGCUUUUUGUGCCGACAAAAAAUGCUAUCUGAUAUAAACACCUAUUCGAUAUGUGACUCUCCACUUUAGAGAUCGGCGGGCGCAGUUCCGCUUCGUCGCAGAUAUCGCGCCGAAAUCACCGUUCUAUGACAGGAACAGUAGCCCUAUCUGUAUGGUUUUCGUGCCGGCGCAAGAACUUGUAUCCUGUAUAGUGUGAACAUAAUCUAAAAGGAGUCAUGUCAAGGGGUCGCAUAACAAUACAUACGGCCAAACUAGAAGCCUUCCAUUUUAGCAUAUUGUUUUCCACAGAGAUCAAUCCUUUUUGAAGGCGUCUAGAUGGGUUAAUAGAAUCCGUAACGCUGGCCAGAAAGAUUGCAGCUUUUCAUUUUGAAAAUGAAAGCCUCUCCAGUUGCUAUCACUUACGACCCGUCCACAGGUAUUGAAAACGGAGAUUUUUUCUCCGUCUUAGCCUUCUGUGUACUCGUAAAGGUGAUGUUUACACGGGACGAUUCGCAACGACGAUAUUUAGCGCAACACAGAGUUACAACAUUGUUCCAACGUUGCAACGCUGUGUUGCACUAAAAUUCUUCGUUGCGAGUCAUCCCGUGUAACAUCACCUUAAACGGCGUUUUCGGCCACCAAAAACGCAAGUGUUCGAAAGCGAUCGUCGACCCUAGGGUGGAGUUUUUGAAAAGGCCUGCUUAUAGUAUACGUGUGGAUGAGCAAAAGGGAGGUUUCAAAUACGAUAAUGUCUUUCAUCAUACAGCUUGUGCCCUGUGACGUCUUGCGUGAUGGCACCCCUAUUGUAAGACUAGAAAUUUUUGAUUAAAGGUUAUAAUAUUAUAUAUGUAUUGAAAAAGCUUGCUUUAUGAGACUAUAAAACGCGGAGCUAAAUGAAAGCUGUCACCUCAUCUGCCAAAGAAAGAAAGUAAUGUGUGGGGAUUUCAACGGAUUCCUUAUCAGAUACAAAUUAAUAGAGAAGCCCUUACUGUGCUCUGUUCUGUUGUAAAACACUGAGAAACGGCUAGAGCACUCAAGAAGUUGGGACAAACAUUUGAACAUUCCUCGGCCUGUUUCCCCCUACACUUCUUUCGUUUUCUAGCCGCUACCUGCGUUCUUUACAACAGAACAGAGCACAAUCAAGGCUUCUUUAUUUAUUACUGGAAUACGCUGGGUGUAGACGCGUAUUUUCGUUUUUAAAAAAUAUCCGUAUACAUUUAUACGAGGCCUUAGUGAACUGUGACCUUGUCACUUUCCGUCUUAUCUUUAGGUUCUGGGAAUAUGACUACAAACGAAAACUUUUGAGAUCCGGGCAAAUCAACAACUACGGAAAUAGGGCGUUCAACGGACACAUUACCAACAUAGACGCGGUCUUUAUCUGGGAGAGAAACAGCCAAACUUACUUCUUCAAAGGAAAUAAGUACUGGAAGUAUGACGACAGAACCAGAAGGGUGUAUACCUACGGAUACCCUAGAGAUAUUCAAAGAGCAUGGAAGUUUCCUGGAAAAAUUCGAGCGGCCGUCAAAUGGAUGAACGGUCGUAAUUACGUGUUCUGGGAUACAAUUUAUACCAAGAUGGACCGGGGGAAAGUUGGAAAAGCGGCAGGAUAUCCCCAGGAUAUUGCAAACAGGUGGAUGAGGUGCAAUUCAAAAGGAAGAGAUCUGUUUCCAGAGGAUCCGUAA